AUGUUAAGAUAUCUGGCUUCGGGUGAUAGUAUGAAAUCGCUAUCUUAUGCUUUUCGCAUUGGACACAGCACCGACUUAGUUUUUAUCGCUGACGACGAAGAGAGUUGGCAAGUUGUAGCUGAUAAAUUUGAAUCCCUGUGGAACUUUCCUCAUUGCAUAGGUGCCAUUGAUGGAAAGCAUAUUGCAAUUCAAGCUCCACCACAAAGCGGCUCAAUAUACUAUAAUUAUAAGGGUCAUCACAGUAUCACGUUACUAGCAAUAAGCGAUGCCAAGUAUUGUUUUACAAUGGUGGAUAUUGGUGCAGAAGGAAGGCAAAGCGAUGGAGGAAUUUUUAGGUCUAGUGAAAUUUGGCAAGCGUUUUGA